AGGGCCAUGAUUACCAACAUUUACACAAAACAUUUUCCAGCACCCGUGCAGAAGAAACGUUUAAAGCUAUAAAUAUUUGCACAUUGAUAAAUUCCGCAUCGUUAGCAAAUAUGGGAUUUUUUUAUUUUUUUUUAGUUGUUAUUAUUACUAUCAUUAUGAUGUUUAAACCAGUUGUCUUAGAUUUUUAUGGAAUAAAUAUGCAGACAUACAGCCACAAAUUGUCAAAGUUAAAUAACUGUCUUCAAACAGUAUCUUUAGCCUAUAUUUAUUUGGCCACAGCAUUAGGCCUGCUUUAAUUAUUCAUUCACUCAUCAUUCAUUAAUCUCCUGAUUAAUUUAGAAGUGCAAGGGUGAGUGGAGGCAGAUGAAGCCAUUACAGAUAUUGGGCACAAGAGCAGAAAAUAUAGGAUUGACAGAUGAGCUGAGUCCCUCCAUUCAUGAAUAGAGGGCUUAGUGUCUUAAAAACAGACCAGGGCAGAUUGGGAAUUUGACAGUCAGCUUCAGUCAUUUUAGGACACGAUGGUCAGUUGAGACCUUGUGUCGCCUUUUUUUUUUUUUGUACAGUAAGUAGUUAUAUAAUCCUAGCCAUCGCCUUCAUACAGCGAGAUAGAUUCAGAAUAAUGACCAUGAACAAUUUUUUUCUGCUCAUUACGAAUCAUCAAACUAAUUAAACCUCUGUAAGCUGAUUCUGAAUAAAAAGUGUCACCAUAUUAAGUGCAGGUUUUCCUUUAACACCUGCCCAAUUAAUUAAAUAAAUAAAUCACAACCUGACAAAAUUUUCAUAAUUAUAAUUAUUAAAGUUUGUUGUACUUGAGUCCCUCUUUAAACCAGUUUGGAUGGAUAAUAAUCAUAAAAUCCUCGCUCGCAGGCUGAGGAGAAACAUGUUUAAAAUAGCCCAACAACACAUCAUUUGCUAUCUCAGUGUGUUUGGUAACAUUUAGACGUGUGAUUGCUGAACAUAUUGCUUUCAAAGUCAGUGAUGCCCACUCACUACCCCAGGGGGUAGAUGUGAAGAGCAGUUCAAGUUACUUGAAACCAAUGCUUUCAUUUUAAAGGACUGGUUAAAAAACGAGGUUAAAUAUUAAUGCUGUGUCAGGGCAGCUGGUGAAAAUGUCACUUAAAGCAAUAAAUCUGGAAUCAGGGAAAAAGAGUACGUUGGUUAAAAAAAACAGUUAGUUAAAGGGGUGUAAAUGUACCCGUUUGGUUACUGUGUGCCUUGAAAUGAGAACAAGCCCACAGAGUGGAGCUGCUAUAGAUGAGAAUGAAUCCAAUAAAGUAACAGGAGAACAAGCAGUUUUCUUUAAAAGGUCAAGCUGCAUCAGAGUAGUUAAGAUAAUGUCAUAGAGAGUAAAGUCACUUGCUUCUUCUUUCUAUCGUUCCCAUUUCUGUUGUCACAGCAACUUGCCUAUCCCUUACAUCCUCUUAUGUGACACCAGUACUCUUCAUGUCUUCUUUCCAUGAGUCUUCUUUGUGGUCUUUAUCUUUUCCUCCUGCCUGGUAGGGCCAUUUUCAGCAUCCUUUAUCCAAUUUAUCCGCCAUCCCUCUUCUGCACAUGUCCAAUCGAUCUCGCCCUUUCCUCUGUACCUCUGCCUCCAAACGGCACAAUCUGAGCUGACCCUCUGAUAUACUGUCACAAACCAGGCUCCACAGCCAUGACAAAAAGGGAGAUGCCAAAUGAAUCCCAAUUAAAACACUGUUUAUUUUGAAUGUAAGAAACAAAGGAAAAAACUAAACUAACCUAGGCUUUCAAUGCAUGAUGAGGAAUGUGUUGUUUAGUCCAAGAAACAAAACCAAGAAGCAACCACAGACAUCUGGAGGCACGCCGCUCAGCCUUAAUGUGCUUCUUAUUUAGCCACUCCUUUGUUCCCUUGGUGUUCUGAGUCACUGUCAUGCUGGAAGAGUCAUCGAUGACCCAUCUCCAAGAUUAACAGAAGUGGGCCCCAUCCAUCUGCAUCAUGAUGUCAUCCUGCACCCUUAGCAAAAAAACAGCUCCAAAGCAAAUGUUUCAUACUCAGCAUUUCACUUCCUCCAACCACAGUGCGUUGAGUUGAUACCAAAGAAGUCAACUUGUUUUUCAUCUGAUGGCAGCAUUUCUCCCAAGACUUCUCUGAACCAUCUCUGAUGUUCACUGGCAAACUUAAGAUGGCCUGUAUACAUUCCUUCCUGAGGAGGGGGAUCCAUCCAUCACAGUGUUAACAACAGUAUUCUUGGUGACUGUGCUCCCAACUGGCUUCAGAUACUUAAUAUAAUAUAAUAAGCUCCUCCCAUGUAGUUUUGUACUGAUCCACCAUCUUCUCAUGAUCACCCUCACCCCAUGAUUCAAGAGCUUACAUGGAGCUGCAGACCAAGGAUGACUGAUGGCCGUUUAGAGUUCUCCCUCUUCCGGACAAUCGCACCUACACCUGUCACCUUCUCACCAAGCUUCUUGCUGAUGGUCUUGUAGUCCAUCCCAGUCUUGUGCAGAUCUACAGUCGUGUUCCUGAUGUCCUCUGGGAGCUCUUUGGACUUGACCACAAUGGUGGAUUGAUUGAUUGGGAGAAUUCUGGCUGGGUUCCAGGGGAUUCCAGCCAGAAUUUCACUUAAAUUUCUCAGUGAAAUUUAAGUCAAUAACUUUUAUGUGAUGCAAUUUCUUCUGGACUUUUGUUGGAUUUCUGUCUCUUUCAAUUAAAAUGAAACUACCAUACAAAUUAAUUUCAAUACAGCAGGGGAUCAAAUAUUAAUGUCCCUGUGUACAACACAAAUUCAUAACAUUAGCAAUUUAAAGCACUUUCACAAUAGUAUGCAAUGUUGACGACUAACCAGAUAAGAAAACCAAAGCUGGGCCUCACAUGAUUUCUGACUGGUGGUGACUGAUAAUUAGAGAGUGUUGGUAAGGUUUUGGCAUCAUCUUAGGAUACAGAUGGAGAAGUUCUUAAAAACGUUUUUUUAAGGUGUAGCAACAAAACAGAUGUUUCAUUUCAACAGACCACAAAGGCAACUGAAGCAAGAAAACAUCCAGCAAACUCAAAAUCAUUUUCUAAUCACGGCCCAGUGAUUUGUGCAGUCAUCACUCAGUAUAAACAGUAGCUGCACCUCACUUGUGUUAAGACGGGUCAGAGUUUAAGGAGCAGAAUUACAAUCACAACACCAGCUCUCGUCUCAAUCUAAGCCUUUCUAUACCAUGUAUACAAAUUAAUCUAUAGAAGGACAGGUCAGCAAGGCCAUGACUGAGAGAGGAGGCGUGAUGAGGAAGGCAGGCGAGGCGAGAGUGAGAGUGGAGGAAAAGACACUGCAGGGAGCAAAGGGGAGGGAAAGUAACAGAUGGACUUGGGAGGAUUAGAGGGAAAUCUGGGUGGGUUUCUGAUGGAAACUCACCCAAAGAAGCACGAGGGAGUAAUAAGGGAGCAUGAAAAAGAAAGGUGAAGGAAACUGGAACCCUGCUUGAAGACAGGUGAAGGAAACACAAAAAGAGCCUCUCCUGAGAUCCAAGGAAAGGUGGUCGUUCAGACAAUGACAGCAUGAGUGUCAGUAAGCAUUAAACUCAUCCACCUAACCCCGCAAGAUUACCACAGAUUACCAGGCCACGAGGUAGGCCUGAGACGCUGGACUAAUCACUUCUUCAUGAGUUCAAUCCCUCUCACUGAGGUGGAGGAACAGGUUGAAGAACGGGAUGUGCCCUGAGAGUGGAACCGAUUAGUCUCAAAAUCCACAGGAUAAGAUUUAGAUGUUUGUCUUUAUCUGAGAGGGGAGAAGAUAUUAAUAUGAGACCCGAGCGGUGACUGCAGUAGAAACAUGGGCUAAAUUUGUGACCAAAGUCUCCAAAAGGAAACAAAGGUCCCAAAUUUAAACCUGGCCUGCUUCUCUUCAUCAUGCUUAUUUCCUUUAAGUGACACUGCAGCAGGAGGAGAGUUAGAGCUCCCCCUGCAUCCUCUGGCCCGCACAUCUGUCUCUUGUUGCUGGAAAAGAUUAAAUCCCAUAGCUUCAUCUUUCUUUAUUCCACUGUUAUUUGACCUUUGCUCAGCGCUAGCUCUCCUUCUCCAGCGCUGCCCUACUUCUAUCUCUCCAACAGACUACUUUUUAUCUUCCCCUCCGUCCUUCGUUCCACUUCUCAAAUACCACUAAUCCCCUCUCCUCACUUCUGUCUCUUUCCUACCACUUUAUUUUCAAUCUCUAUUGUAUUAUUGCAGAAAGCUCCCCAAUCUUCUGCUCCAGACAGGUCACCAGAACCUGUCUGGCUCUUGCAGCUAUUUUUGACACACACUUGCCAAAACCAUUUCAUUUCUCAUUUGGCUGCUUUUGAGUUGAGACACAGUCAUGCUGGAGAAAAUGUCCAGACGUAACCGCUCCCUGCUGUCACUGUUCCUCACCUCUCUGGCCCUCACGCUGUCCGUCUGGGCUUUCUGCACCUCUUAUUGGUGCGAAGGGACACACAAGGUGGUGAAGCCGGUCUGCCUGUCGCCAGUCAAGAUGAAAAACUGCGGGCAGAACAACAGCCAGCCGUACACCACAGAGGUGCCCACCCCAGACCCCAGGAACCCAGCCUCCAAUGUCACGCUGUCUCCUCAGCAGAAGGAGGAGCUGGAAAGGAUAAGGAAAAAGCAGCUGGCCAACGCUGUCCACUACAUCUGGGAGACAGGGGAGGACAAGUACAUGCUGAGAUACUUCCACACCGGCUUCUGGCUGUCCUGCGAGAAGCACAAUGAAGGUGCAGAUCAGGAAGAAAAGUGUCGAAGUUUCAUUGAGCUGACACCAGGAGAGACACAAGGUGUGCUCUGGCUGUCUGUCAUCAGUGAGUUCAUGUACAUCGGUCUCCUGGCUAUGGGCUUCUUACUGAUGUGUGUGGAAGCACUGUGCCUCUGCGCCAAGAGGGAAAUGAACGCCCUCAAGAUCAAUGCCUUUGCAGCCAUGUGCACUGUCCUCUCAGGCAUGAUGGGGAUGGUAGCUCACAUGAUGUACACAACCGUGUUUCAGAUGACUGUUAGCAUCGGACCUAAAGACUGGAGGCCACAGAGCUGGGACUACGGCUGGUCUUUUGCCAUGGCAUGGCUUUCAUUCAGCUGCUGCAUGGCAGCUGCUGUGGCCACAUUGAACUCCUACACCAAGACCAUCAUUGAGAUGAAGCACCGGGCUCGGGUAAGGCUGGAGGAGGCCCGAAAUACCACCAGUGCCCCCUCCUAUGAGGAGGUUGUUCGAGCUGGGCCGGGAGGGAUUUACUCCGUCAGUCAGCUGAUGCAGCUUGGACAACAGGGGGCUCUAAUGGACCCAAUGUGGCCCAGAGGAGUGGGACCAGCUGUUGGACCUCUGACAUGUGGCGCUGGGGGAGCACUGCUCGUUGGUGGAGGAGGAAUUGGAGUUGGAGGCAUGGGUAAUCUUGGCGUUGGGAUGGGACUGGGAGGAAUGCCAUCUAUGGCAGGUGCUGGGGGAAAUGGUGUUGGAAUGGGAGGGAUGGGAGGUGGAGCAGGGGGAGGAAUGGGAGCAGGUGGAGUAGGAGGGGGGAAGCUGGCAGACCCUCAUGGUGUGGUUGUGGUGGAAGGCUGCGGCACCGAAGGAUGUGAAGAUUGUGAACGUGAGAUGGACGAGAUAAAUUAUGCCCUCCAGGAGGAGCGAGAGGACUCACUCUGCUAAGACUUCUCGGGGCAGAAGACCUCGACAAACAUCUCUCCACGGCAGAUUUUACUUAUCUCACUAAAACUACAAUAAAAUAUAUAUUUUUUAAAUUCACAGGACUUGCACAGACACACACGCACACCUUUAACCUUUAACUGCAGUUUUGUACAUGUGGGAUUGUACAAAUGAAGUUUCAAAUCAAUUCUAGACUAUUUUCAGUACUACAUCUAUUACAGUAUGAGAAUUUCAAUUUCUGGACCAGUAGCGAGCAAAAGAGCCCGAACUAUUAGUGUUGUGGUUUAUUACUGUAAGAGUUACCACUGUAACAUUUUCAUGCUAUCUCAGUAAUGUUUCUGUCCACAUGGCAAACUCUGCAGACAUAUGUGCAGUAGAAGAACCAAAAUAACUGGCUUAAAGACAAUGCAAGCUUCACAGAGCUGCAAAGUUGGGAUUAUUAUAUUGGCAAGCGAAUAUUUGAAUAAGGUUUAAUACUUGAAUCAGAAUAUUAUGAUGUAACAUUUAUUAGAUUUGCCCUUCUACAUGUCUUACACAUGGAGUUAGCUUACAGUUGUUCCUGGCUGGAAGUACAUAUAACUUUAGGCAACUGAAAUUUAAACACACGCACACACACGCACACACACACGCACACACACACGCACACACACACACACACACACACACACACUCACAGUUUGAUUUUAUAAAACUGCACAAAUCAUUUUGUUUUUCAAGCCUUACAUUUCUUCAGGGAUUUGAUGUAAUUCAGUGACUCGUUGGAUGUUAGAGAUGAUGUGAAUGUAUUCAAGGGGCAACAAUACAUAACAAAUAAUAUAACACAAGUUUGCAAUCACAUUUGCUGUAUGUAUAUUUUUAUUUUUAAUCUGUUUUUGCAUGAUUGUAUAAAAUUCUCUCCACAUUAAGGUGAUGAAUAAACAUGAAGCACAUUCAUUGCA